GACCAGCCCUCGCCCGAGCCGCAGCCGCAGCCGGAGCCCGAGCCGCGGGGCGGGCGCGAAGAUGCACACGACCCAGAAAGACACGACGUACACCAAGAUCUUCGUGGGAGGGCUGCCCUACCACACCACCGACGCCAGCCUGCGCAAGUACUUCGAGGUCUUCGGCGACAUCGAGGAGGCGGUGGUCAUCACCGACCGGCAGACCGGCAAGUCCCGGGGCUACGGAUUUGUCACCAUGGCUGACCGGGCUGCUGCUGAAAGGGCCUGCAAGGAUCCCAACCCCAUCAUCGACGGCAGGAAGGCCAAUGUGAAUCUGGCAUAUUUAGGAGCAAAACCAAGAAUCAUGCAGCCAGGUUUUGCCUUUGGUGUUCAACAGCUUCACCCAGCCCUUAUACAAAGACCCUUCGGGAUCCCUGCCCACUACGUCUACCCACAGGCUUUUGUGCAGCCUGGAGUGGUCAUCCCCCACGUCCAGCCCACAGCAGCUGCGGCCUCCACGACCCCAUACAUUGAUUACACUGGAGCUGCGUACGCACAAUACUCAGCGGCAGCUGCGGCAGCUGCGGCAGCAGUCGCCUAUGACCAGUACCCCUACGCAGCGUCCCCAGCAGCUGCAGGCUACGUGACCGCUGGGGGCUACGGCUACGCUGUCCAGCAACCAAUCACCGCCGCCGCACCCGGGACAGCUGCAGCCGCAGCCGCAGCAGCCGCAGCUGCAGCAGCCUUUGGCCAGUACCAGCCACAACAGCUGCAGACAGACCGAAUGCAAUAGACUAGCCAUCUGAUCAAAGUCAAAAGGGUUUCUCUUUCCCUCCCGAUUUUCCGAUUUUUAGUAGCUAAUAAGAGAGUUGACAUUGACUUAACAGCUUUAAAGAGAGUGAGAGAGAGCCAUUGUGAAGCAGAGGUGUUAUUUUUUUCAUAUUCCGAGUAGUGCUGCCGAAAAGGAGGGAAGAAUGGAGGGCCCGGAACAGUUUUGGAAGUCAGUCCCAAAGAGCCCGAGUUACACGGAAAAGCCACUAGGACAGGACCGCGGGGCACCACUGGGACUUUGCUUUUGUAACCGGAUUUUUAUUUUUUGCUCUUUUUAUAGUAUCAGGGAAGCAAACUGCCUUUUCCAAGUUAGAAAAUGCUAUGUGAAUCUAGUUGAACCAGGGAAUACAGAGUGAGCAAUAUGUAGCUUGAAUUACGUGUAAAAGCAGAUGUUUUGGGGUUUUUUUUCUUUUUCUUUUUCUUUUUUUUAAACAAACAAAACAACAAAAACGCUGGUUGUCCUUCUUUUGCAGUCACUACAGCCUACAGAACUUUUUCAAGGCAGAAAGUAGUGUUGUGCUAUCUCAAAAAUGGGCAUCGAACAAUCAGUUGAGUGUGGCGGUGGGUACAGUGGUGGACAGGUACCAAAGCUAUUUUCUCGUCUGUCCUGUGGAUGCAUGGGACUGUGGAGCAAGUGAUACGGAAUUAAUGGUGCAACAGCUGUUCAGACAAUCAAUAGCACACACAGUUCUGGAAAGCAUCCAUCACUUGUGCCUGCCGGAUGAGCUUGUCACAUUCUAAUCCCUCUUCCAUCCUGUUUCAAUUUUGGGAAACUUGUAUCUGCUGGUGUCAGCAACUUUGAUCCCUAAACAGGAUCAGGCUUACUCCCACAACUUCUCUUUCUACUUACUGUGCGGACUGGGACUUACGCGUAAAGGCAGGCGAAGUUUGCAGAUACUCGACCCUUAAGAACUGUCUUAAGGACGUUUAUUUUCUCCCUCUCCCCUUUUAAAAUAAUUUUACACUUUUUAGUCUCUAUUUUAGAGUCCUAUUUAAAGCUAUUUAUUAGUGAAUCCAGUACCUGAGACAGCAAAGUUCUUGACAUUACAAUUUUUCAGUGGUUAAUGAUAAUGUGGUUUAUACUGUGCCUUAAUAGUAAUGCUAUUUAAGAUAUUUAUUUUUAAGUUUUACUAUGCUGCACUCUAAAGAAAGGAACUUUAGACGUGACACUGUAAAAUGAUGAAUUCAUCUCAUGGCAUAAAUUAUUCAGUAGGUCUAGGUGUAGCAUAUUAAAUAUUAACCUAUUCAACUAAAGAUGUUGACUUGGAUUUAUUUAAAUUCAUAUGUGCACUGUUUAAGAGGGUACUCUUACAUGAACACAUCUGAGUUUAUUCGGUCUUGAGCUUUUUUUGAACAAGCUACACUGCUGGUCCCGUGUCCCUUCUCUUGGUUGCUUUGCUCUGUAGACCUCAUUCAUCGGCAACUCCGACUUUACCACUCUCCUCAUGUAGUUUGUGUAGUUUUACAAUGCUGCUUUCCAUUUUCUGAAACUGCGAUACUUGCAAUUUUUACUCUUAAACUAAAUUGAAUACUAUUUUACACUGUAUUGGAUUUUUAUACUUGAACAAUUUCAUACAAGGGAAGACAGGUUAGCAUUUUUAUGGAUUUUCUCCAUUGUCACUGGAUUUAAGUAUUCCCAUACUAGACAGUGUUAAGUAAUGGAGACGUGACUCUCCUGUGCAAAUUAUUUAUUCGUUGUGUAUAUUGCUUUAUACUGUUCCAGAU